GUACGCCUGAAAUUAUUAGAUAACCUUCAAGUGUUUUUGUCGAUUUAAUUGAUAACAAGUAUCUGAGUUACAAUCUGGUGUUUCUUUAUUAGAUCAUAAACGAUUACUACAAUCAACCGACAUGAGUUCUCUAAACAGAGUUCUAUGUUUGGGUGCUGCGAUACCGAAAAACGCAAGGUUGAUCUCAACGAGUGCUAGCUUGAACAGUAAAGAAGAUGGGUGGUUAUCGAAGCUUUUGGUGCGAAAGAUCGAGCCUACAAAGGAGUCCCACAGUCGCAUGCUGAGUGACAAGGAGAUUAUAUACGCUCUUCACACCCACAAUAUAAGGCCGGACUCCGUCGACAAAUACCUACAAAACUACAAAACAUCAGUAGAAUUUGUGCAUUCAAAGAAAUCCGAGUUAGGCUGUGAACUGGUGGGAUCAUGGACAGUAUCUGUGGGAGAUAUGGAUCAGGCUCUACACCUGUGGCGUUAUAUCGGCGGGUUCGAGAAGAUUGACAAAGCUAAGAUCCUGUUUAGGGAAAGUGAGGAAUAUCGUGCACUGGAGAAGGAGCGCGGCAACUUCGUACGAUCUAGGCAUUUGCAGUACUUGCUAAAAUUCAGCUUUUGGCCCAAUGCCGAGCCGCGCCCUGAGAGUAAUAUAUACGAAAUUCGUUCUUAUAGCCUUAAGCCGGGCACAAUGAUCGAGUGGGGUAACAACUGGGCGCGCGGACUGCAAUUCCGUAGGUCGCAGAACGAGGCCUUCGCUGGCUUUUUCUCGCAGAUCGGACGUCUUUACAACGUACAUCACAUCUGGUGUUACAAAGACCUCCAAGCGCGUCGCGAAACUCGCGAGAGCACAUGGCGCAACCCCGGCUGGGACGAAUGCGUCGCGUACACCGUACCACUCAUCAGAGAAAUGCACUGCCGUAUCCUCGAGCCUACUGAGUUCUCGCCCACUCAGUAGAACUGCCCACGCUUAUGUUGAUUGCUUUACGAGAUCGCAUAGGAAGAACAGACCUUGCGUGAAGGAAGAUUAAAACGAGGAAAUGGGAAAACAAAUCUCCUAAAUAGGCCCUAAACCUACCCAACAUGUCGACGACUAAUAAAGUGAAAGAUAGCGAAUAGAUUGAGAAAGGUAUAGUUCUGCAUAUUUAUAAAAGAUUUCCAUAUAAAAUACUCUUUCGUGACGAC